UCGAUGGGUUCAGUUGUGAAACGCGUGUGGCACGGGGCGGUUGCGGUUUUUUGCAAAUCACCAAGAAUCUAUUAACGAUAUAUUGUGAUCUAAAUGAAGUACUGAAAGAUUUUACACGCAGUUCGUCAUAAACAACUUUGUUCCAAUUCAGAGUGUUUGAAAAAGUUGAAAGUGUUGAACAGUAAAACAAUAUCGAAAGAACUUUAACAGCAACACAACAUACAAUGGCCAUAGAGUUUAACUCUACGAACACUGCAAGUGAUAGCAUAACAGCAACAAAAAGAACAACAACAACAGCUACUGCUAGUGGUAGUAGUAACAACAACAACAACAGCAGCAGCAAACGUAACAGCAGCCGCGCUCAACAGCUGUUCAGCUGCGCCUGCGCAAACGCCAACUUCAUUCUGCUCACCUUUAUGCUCUCUCUGAGCAAAUGCUGCAACGCUCUGCCCGCGCAAUCGGCCGCCGCGCACAUCAACGCAACACCCAACGCCACCUCCAUGCCGAAUGCAACGCUGCUGCAGCUGCUCUCUGAGGCGUCGACAACAACAGCAACAACUGUAGCAACAACUGUAGCAACAACAACAACAACAACUGCGGCGACACCAGCAGCAACCACGUUAACGAAACUUCUAGAUGGCAAAGGCUUCCUCAGCAUGGGCUUCGGCCUCAAGUUUCUGAAUGUUUCCGGCAAAAUCGGCACGCCCCUGGGCAUAGCACAAUCCCUGGUUGCCGACAAAUGCGAUGAAAAACAGUUCCAAUGUCAGAACGGCGACUGCAUUCCCAUACGUUUUGUUUGCGAUGGCGAUGCCGAUUGCAAGGACCACAGCGAUGAGAUGGUGCCCGAGUGCAAAUUUCGCGAGGCCACUUGCUCGGCCGAUCAGUUCCGCUGCUCCAAUGGCAACUGUAUAUCCAAUAAGUGGCGUUGCGAUCAGGAGAACGAUUGCUCCGAUGGCUCCGAUGAGGCACCUUCACUGUGCAUGAAUGCCUGUCCGAAUAAUGAAUUCAAAUGCAAAAGCGCCGAGCAAUGCAUACCACGCGAUUGGCUCUGCGAUGGCAGCAACGAUUGUCGCGACAAAUCCGAUGAGGCGGACUGUAAGGCCCGCACCUGUUCGCCGGAUGAGUUCGCCUGCAAGAGUGGCGAGGGCGAGUGUGUGCCAUUGGCCUGGAUGUGCGAUCAGAGCAAAGACUGCUCUGAUGGCUCCGAUGAGCAUUCCUGCAACCAGACCUGCCGUUCCGAUGAAUACACCUGCGGCAACGGGCGUUGCAUUCAGAAGCGAUGGGUGUGCGAUCACGACGAUGACUGUGGCGAUGGCAGCGAUGAGCACGACUGCCCGGUAGUGCCCUGCGAUGAGGUCGCCGAGCACAUGUGCAGCAAUGGGGCCUGCAUUGCCAAGCGCUGGGUGUGCGACGGCGAUCCGGACUGCGCCGAUGGCUCCGAUGAACGUUCCUGCGCCAAUGUGACCAAAACCGUAACACCUUGCCUGAUCCAUGAGUACCAGUGCAAGGAUCGCAUCACUUGCCUGCACCAGAACUGGCUCUGUGACGGUGACCGGGACUGUCCCGACGGCGACGAUGAGCACACAGCCAGCUGCAAGAACAUCAGCUGCCGACCCGAUCAGUUCCAGUGCGGGGAUCGCAGCUGCAUUGCCGGACACCUGACUUGCAACGGACAGGCGGACUGUGCGGACGGCAGCGAUGAAAAGAGUUGCCAAUUAGCCGCCAAGCCCAUCAGCUGCAAUGCCACCAGAGAGUUCGACUGCGGCGGGGGUCAGUGCAUUCCGCUCUCGAAGGUGUGCGACAAACGCAAGGACUGCCCCGAUGGCGAGGACGAACCCGCCGGCAAGUGUGGCAUCAAUGAGUGCGCCAACAAAAAUGGUGGCUGCAUGCACCACUGUGUGGAUCUCGCCGUUGGCCAUCGCUGUGAAUGCCACCAAGGCUACAGACUCGCUGGGGAUGCGCGCAGCUGUGUGGAUGUGAACGAAUGCGAACAGCCCGGAGUGUGCUCUCAACUCUGUGCCAACGAGGUGGGCGGGUUCAAGUGCGAAUGCGAAGCAGGCUAUAUGCGGGAUCCGCGCAACCACACUCGCUGCAAAGCCACCGAAGGACACGCCUCCCUGCUCCUCGCCAGACGUCAUGAUAUACGCAAGAUAGCGCUGGACCACAUGGAGAUGACGUCUAUAGUGAAUAGCACGAAGUCGGCGACGGCAUUGGACUUCGUUUUCCGCACCGGCAUGAUCUUCUGGAGCGAUGUCACCACACAGAGCAUAUAUAAGGCGCCCAUCGACGAGGGCAACGAGAAGACUGUGGUGCUGAAGAAAUCUUCAGUUACCUCCGAUGGUCUGGCGGUGGAUUGGAUCUACAACCACGUCUACUUUACGGACACACACAAAUGCACCAUCGAGCUGACCAACUUCGAUGGCAACAUGGGAAAGGUGCUCAUUGAGGACGAACUGGACAUACCUCGCUCCAUUGCUCUCGACCCCAUUGAGGGCUGGAUGUAUUGGUCCGAUUGGGGCGCCUCGCCACGCAUCGAGCGCGCCGGCAUGGAUGGCUCGCAUCGAACCACCAUCAUCAACUACGAUGUGAAGUGGCCCAAUGGCAUUACCUUGGAUUUGGUGCUCAAACGCAUCUAUUGGGUGGAUGGGAAACUGAAUAUUAUAUCAUCGGCUAACUAUGAUGGCUCACAGCGUCGUCAGAUUCUGUACUCGACGGAAUAUCUGCGACAUCCCUUCUCUAUUUCGACCUUCGAGGACUAUAUCUACUGGACCGAUUGGGACAAGCAGACGGUCUUUAAGGCAAACAAAUUUACGGGUGAAGGUGUCGAGCCCAUUACCGCCGUGCACAUGUUACAACACCCUAUGGUUAUACAUGUAUAUCAUCCCUAUCGCCAGCCCGAUGGCAUCAAUCACUGCCAAUCGGUCAAUGGCCAUUGCUCGCACUUAUGUCUGCCAGCGCCGCGAAUCAAUGAACGCAGUCCUCGCAUCUCCUGCGCCUGUCCUACGGGUCUUAAACUCAUGACCGAUGGCCUGAUGUGUGUCGAAGAUCCCCGCUUUAGUUUACACCGCCCUACACCGCCCCGUUUACACAGAAAGACACAAAAAUCAAAAACGAAUCGACUUUGGAAUUUUGGCGCCCAGAACCCCGCCGAUGAAUACGAAGUUCUUAAUUUUAGCACAAGAACUCCGUCGGGACGCUCAGCUCUUAUGGUUGCCGAGCAUCCCGUGAAAAAUAACACACAUGUCGAACAAACCACGGCGCCGAGUCCCCAACCGGACUCCGGCUUCAUAGCCCUUGUGGUCAUCGCCAGUCUAAGUGGCACGGCCGUCCUUCUAUCGGUGCUCCUGCUCAUUGGCUAUCGCUACUGCAGCAAGCGACGCAUCAAUUCAAUAAACUUCGAGAAUCCCAUUUACCGCAAGACCACCACUACGGAGGACCAUUUUAGCUUGCGCAAGAAUCUUCCAGCACGCAUCUACGAUCAUACCAGUGUUAUGGAUGAGGAGUACUCACCCGUCAUAGGCAUAUCGUCGUAUUAAAGACGCUUUCGAGACGUUGUAGUUAUUGCUGUUGGUUUUGUUCUUAUUGGUGGAGCACACACAACAACAAAAUCGCAGUGGACGCCUGAAGACUGAGCAACUCUAUAUGUGUAAAUUAUUUUAAAAUUUUAAGCACGGGCCGAACCGCAUAUUUAGCACAAAGAUGACGCAAGAGAAGCCUACCAAUUCAAAGAUGAUGAAUAAUGAGAAAUAAUAUAUUAUUAAUCCUCAAAGGAUGUUGUACAAAUGUAUGGCGGCGGAAGCAGUUGAAGCGCUGAAUGCUGCUGAUAACUAAAAACGUAAACCUAAAUAUUAAAUAUUACAAAUAGUUCCAAACUGUACAUAGCCUGUAAGUGUGCAUUAUUUUUAAAAGCAAACGCAAUCUACGUACUAUUACUAACAAAAUAACUACUUAGAAGAAACAAAAAGCAAAAGAGUUGAUCGAUUAUUGUUUAUGUUUUAAGAGAUAAU